CGCUGUUACAGUCUAUACCGAUACGUCAAAGGAGGGCGGGCUUUUCAAAACAAGAUGGCUGCGCCCAUGACCUCAGUAUUUCGCCGUUUACCAGUUGUCGUGGUUCUUGGGGCAACUGGAACGGGAAAGUCAAAGCUAGCCAUUCAGAUAGGUAAACGAUUGGGUGGCGAGAUCAUAAGCGCGGACUCCAUGCAGGUAUACAAGGGUCUGGACAUUAUCACCAAUAAAGUCACGGCGCAAGAACAGCAAGCUUGCCCUCAUCACCUCAUCGAUUUCCUCAAUCCUCUGAGUCGGUACACGGUCGUUGACUUCCGCAACAAAGCACUCCCUGUCAUAGAGGGGCUACUGAAAGAGGGCCGAGUACCAGUGAUUGUUGGUGGCACCAAUUAUUACAUCGAGGCUCUUCUGUGGAAAGUGUUGCUGGAUACAGAGCAUUCUAAGAUGGAAGACCUGCUUCUGGAGGCAAGAGGAGAUCCAAUUACCCUUCACAUUAGGAAGAAUCGUAAACACUCCGACAUGAACCAUGCCACCAACAAGGAGCAAGACCAAAAUCCUGUGGCCGCCAGUUCAUCAGGGAUCAUCAGUGAUCCAUCUGCUGCAGAAAAUACGACAAGGACGUCUGAUUUUGAUGAUCUGGAUGACAGUAAUACUUCUUGUGGAUCAACAGGAAAGGGCAGCAAUCCAGAUUUGAGCUCUUCCGGAAUUGGGAAAGGAAAACCUGAUACAGCACCAGGCUUAGAGCUCUCAAAGCCUGAAGAAAGGAUCAGGACAGAGACAGAAACUCCUAGAAGGCAAGCCGCGAUAGCACAUUGUAGUCAACAGGUCACUGGAAUGGAUUGGCAGUCGUUUGACAAAACGGGUAAAGAGAGCUCACCAAAAGAAUCCAGUCAGCCUGAUCGAGGUCUCGAUCUGUAUGAUGCAACCAAUGAGUUUGUGAAUGCCUUGGACACAUCACAAGACAAUGACGUUCUUGAAAAUGAGGAGUCAAUAACAAUAAAGGUUGAGGGAACAGCGACAGAGGAUUUGUACAAGAUCCUGGCUGAGGUGGAUCCUUGCAGGGCAGAGACACUGCAUCCAAACAACAGACGCAAGAUUAUCAGGAGUCUUCAGGUGUAUGAGCAGUUGGGUCGGACUCACAGCGAGGUGCUCUCGGGUCAGAUGGAGGAGGACGGAGGCGGACCGUUGGGAGGUCCUCUCCGCUUUGAAGACGUUUGCAUCCUCUGGCUGCAGUGUGAUCGAGACGUUUUGGAUCGAAGACUUGAUGAAAGAGUCGAUGAUAUGCUCUGUAGGGGCCUUCUGAAGGAACUGGCCGACUUCCAUCACGAGUACAAUAGAAAGAGAGUAGAAUCACAAGCAGAUAGUGAGACCCUGUACACUCAAGGCAUCUUCCAAUCCAUCGGAUUCAAGGAGUUCCAUCCUUACCUUAUCCUACCGGAGGAUGACCGGGAGACAGAGGGAGCUCAGUCCCUCCUCAAGGAAGGAAUUGAGAAGCUCAAGAUUGCCACAAGGCAGUACGCUCGCAGGCAAACCAGAUGGAUCAAGAAUAGAUUCGUGAGACGCCCUGGUAGCAAUGUACCUCCAGUGUAUGCUGUGGACUCCACUGAUCCAGCGUCAUGGCAUGAGAAGGUUCUACAGCCAGCCCUGGACAUACUGGAUGCAAUCUUGGAAGGCAAGGAGCCACCAGUUGCUCCUUUGGUACAUGAGGGAGGGAGUCCCUCAGAUGAGGCCUCGGCGAGACACGUCUGUGAUAUCUGCGAAGGAAGAGUGUUUGUGGGCAAGCAGCAGUGGCUGGGACACUUGAAAUCAAGACGCCAUUACAAGAAGUCCAGGAAACUCAGGCUGGCAUCCCUCAUGAAAUCAUACGAAGAGCAGAAAACAUCUUCAACAGAAACAACAAACACUCAAAGGCAGGACACAAAUCAAGAUGUUGAAGACCGGUAACGCUUCAUUUCUCAAGAUGUAAAAAU